GGUAGACUAGGGCUAUAUUAACUCGUGCUGAUUUCUUCCGAAAUAUAUAACCGUGUUAGGUGAAAUUUAUCAGGUUUGAUGAAUUGUUUCUGUUAAUACAUUUUCCAAAAAUAAUAUACAAUGGAUAUAACACAUAUCAUAGUUUAUAGUGUAUGGUUGAUAUUAUCUAUAUUAGAAAGAUUUGAAGCGCAACCUCGACCUCAACCCCGACGUGUUGUUUGUUAUUAUACAAACUGGGCGCAAUACAGAACGGGGCAAGGGAGUUUCGAACCAAGGGAUAUUAAUGCGAAAUUAUGCACGCAUCUUGUAUACGCUCAUGCUGGUGUUAAUGUUAACUUUACCAUACGGACGACAGAAUGGAAUGAUUUACCUUCACAUUGGUCAACUGGAAUGUACCCCCAGUUUAUUGGUUUGAAGAAUGAAAACCCUAAACUGAAAACAAUGAUUUCUGCUGGUGGAUAUGCUUUAAGUCCAUCAUUUGCACAGAUAGUUCAGACGAAGGGAACUAGAGCUGUAUUUAUAGAAUCCGCUAUACGAUUUAUGAGAGACUGGGGAUUUGAUGGUUUAGAUAUCAUGUGGGAAUAUCCUACUAAACGUGGAAGUAAAAGCAGUGAUAAGCAGAAGUUUUCUAAAUUGUUGCAGGAAACACGAGAAUCGUUCCGUUUAGAAUCUACCCAGACAGGUUCUAUACCAUUAAUAUUAUCAGCUACUGUUGCUGCUACUAAAGAUAUUAUAGAUGAUGCUUAUGAAAUAGGUACUGUUACUGAACAGGUUGAUUUCUUGAAUCUGUUGACCUAUGAUUUUCAUGGUCAUUGGGAUGGAUGGACGGGUCAUUGUGCACCAUUGUAUGGUCGAGCGGAUGAACAAGGUUCUUUUGCUUAUAACAACGUAAAUGCAUCUGUAAAUUAUUGGAUGGAAAAUGGAACACCACCUAGUAAGAUAAAUGUUGGUAUUUCUCCCUAUGCGAGAACAUUUACUAUAGAUGUAAAUAACAAUACGUUACCUGGUAGACCAUCUAUCGGACCUGGCAGACCUGGUAAAAUAUCACAUGAUGCUGGUGGACUUACCUAUUAUGAGAUUUGUGAUAUUGCCAGAGAUGCUGAUAUAUUUUGGGAUGAUAUACAGAAAGUACCGUUUAUGGUGUAUAAUAAUCAGUGGAUUAGUUUUGAUAAUGAAAGAAGUAUUAAUGAGAAGUUGAAGUUUAUUAAGAACCGUAGUAUUGGUGGGGUGAUGUUCUGGAAUAUGCCAUCAGAUGAUUUUUUCAAUUCGUGUGGAUCUGGUCGAUUUCCUAUGUUAUCUACAUUACAUAAGCAACUUGUAGGAAAUUCCAUCCCAGCACGCUAGUGUCGCUACGGAUUAUGUGGUCUUUUUCCUUGAACAAUAAAAUGAAUGCGGAAACCUUUAAUAUUAAAGAAGACUAUUUUUAAUGAAGUGGUUGAAAGCGACCUCCGGUGAUAUGCACGAAAUCCAGGAUUAGAUUUCACACAGUGUUGUCCAAUUACCGAAUAUAGUUCUGGUGGGACUAUCGCUUUAGAUAGUGUUGUUAAAUGUUCAAUAAUAAGAAUACUAAUCAUUAAGAAAACUGAAAAAAGCAAAUGUAUAUAUUAAAAGAAUGCAAAUGAUGUUCUAGGUAGAGAACUUUUAUAUAUUUGGUAUGUCACAACAAUCUUUGUAUAUAUGUAAAUAAAAGUAUACCAACUUACAA